ACCAAACCAUGAAUCUCACAAAAACGUUCAUCGGGAAAAAAACUGCCUUGGCUUAAUCCACCGCGCGGCCAAGGCAGAAAAAACCCACCACCACCAACACCACCGCAACAACCCAUCAUCAAUCAAUCCAAUGGCCUUCCAAGACUUCGACCUCAUCUCCCAGCGCCGCCAAGAGGAGAAGAAGAAGAAGUUCAAGCAGCGCCUCAUCCUCGCCUUCAUCCUCUCCGUCAUCGUCAUCCUGCUCCUCGCCGCCGCCGUCUGCUUCGCCAUCUACAAGACCAACCACAAAUCCGCCGCCGGGUCCCACCACCCCCCGCCUCCCUCGGCCAAGCCCAAGACCUCCCAGAACGCCGUGAAGACCGUCUGCGCCAACACCGACUAUAAGAAGACAUGCGAGGAGAGCAUCCUUGAGGAGGUGAAGAACAACGCGUCCGCCACGCCGAUGGACAUGCUCCGCGCCCUGCUCGUCGCGACCUCGAAGGAGAUCGACGACGUGAUCAACCAGGCCAAAGGUGUCGGGUUCGAGGCGCCGAUGAAAAAGGCCGCGCUGAACGACUGCCUUGUUUUGAUGAAGGACGCGAAGGACGAGCUGAACAGCUCGAUGGCGAUGGUGAAGGGGGCGGAUAUCGGAAAGAUGGCGACGGCGAAGGACGAGCUGAACAACUGGCUGAGCGCGGUCAUCUCGUACCAGCAGACGUGCGUCGACGGCUUCCCCGAGGGGGCGGACAAGCAGAAGAUGAAGAAGAUUAUGGAGAGCGUGAGGAUGCUCGGGAGCAACACGCUCUCCAUCGUGUCGCAGGUCUCCGCCCUGCUCACACAGGCGGAGGCCUCCGGUGGUGGGGCCCAGCGGAGGCUCUUGGGUUUCAACCACCAGCACCACCGUAGAUCCUUGAAAGAUGACGGUGGGAAGCUGACGCCGAAUGUCACCGUGGCCAAGGACAAUUCCGGGAAUUUCACGACCAUUAACGCGGCGCUCAACGCAAUGCCUAAGAAUUUCAAAGGACGAUAUGUAAUAUACGUGAAAGAAGGGGUGUACGAUGAGACAGUAGUGGUAGCCAAGGACAUGGCAAACGUGACAAUGUACGGAGACGGAUCGCAGAAGAGCAUUAUCACCGGAAGCAAGAAUUUCGUGGACGGAGUUACAACGUUCGAGACCGCAACCUUUUUUGCUAUCGGAGACGGAUUCAUGGCGCAGUCGCUGGGGUUCCGAAACACAGCUGGGCCAGAGAAGCAUCAAGCGGUGGCGCUCCGGGUCCAAUCCGACCAUUCGAUAUUCGUGAACUGCCGCAUGGAAGGGUACAAGAGCACGCUCUACGUCCAAUCGCACAGGCAGUUCUACCGCAGCUGCUACAUCACAGGCACGGUCGACUUCAUCUUCGGCGACGCAGCGGCCGUGUUCCAAAACUGCAACAUAUACCUAAGAAAGCCGCUGGAGAGCCAGCAGAACGUGGUGACGGCGCAGGGGCGGGCAGAGAGGCGGGAGACAACCGGCAUCGUGCUGCAGAACUGCAAGAUCCUCGCGGACGACAAGCUGGAGCCAGAGAAGGGCAAGGUGAAGAGCUUCCUCGGGAGGCCGUGGAAGGAGUAUUCCAGGACGAUAAUCAUGGAGUCUGAGAUCGGGGAUGUGAUAGCGCCGGAGGGGUGGAAGGAGUGGAGCGGGGAGUUGGGGUUGAAGACGCUAUUUUAUGCGGAGUUCAACAACAAGGGGGCCGGGGCGGGGACGAAGGAGAGGGUGAAGUGGGGAGGGUAUAAGAAGUUGAAGAGGGACGAUGUGUUGAAGUUCACGGUUGGUCCUUUCCUGCAUGGCGAGGAUUGGCUCAAGGCAGCUGAUGUUCCCGUUCGUUUUGGCAUGUUUACUUGAUCAUACAUUAUGCACUUUUUUUUUCAUUUUAUUCUACUUUAUGUAAUAUAUUCAUAUUUAUAUAAAAAAGUACUGUAUAAUGGUCUUGGCUUGUAUACAAUUGAUUCAUUUAUGUCUUCUUAUC